AUGCAGAAGAAUAAGGGAAGACAAAGAGGAGGGGGACCAUUUAAGAGACGAACGGAUAACAAGGAAGAAAACUCAGACACCCACUUCCAAAAAAUGGACUUGAGGAACAUUGCUAAAGAGAUUGAGCUUUUGGGUACUUCUAAUAUGACAUGGAAGGAGAGAAAGGAGUUGGAAAAUAGGAGGGUGGUUUCUCUAGGCGGAAAGCCUCAAAAGAACCGGCGACUACCUCUAAGUGUAGCAAAACUGGUCAUGAAGAAUCAAAAGAAAAGGGAGCAAAAACUGCAAGAACAGAACAUGGUCCUUGGACGUUUUGGUGGGAAUUCAAGUGGCAGUUCUAAGAGAUCCACAGAGAGGAAGAGGCCCGAGAACAGGGGUUUGAAAGGAAGCGAAGGACACUUUAAAAACGGUGUACUUGAUGUGAAGCAUUUGCUACGUCCUACUUCAUCUGGAGACACAUAUGCUGGUCCGAGUAUGUUCAGAGGGAAAACUAAGGGGAAGCGAAAGAAGCAACACAGGUAAGAAGAUCGGCGGUAUGGACUAGCAUAAUGACGGAAAAUCAUUUUAAACAAGAGCAGAAAGAUUUUGCUUGUGUUGGUGGUGCUCCUAUCGGCAUUGGAACUCAAACAAUACUAAUGUGAUCCCAUGUAUCUUGGCAACCACUAGCAUUUAGCGACAACUCUUUUUCGGGUUUGUUAUUUACUUCCUUUUAGUUCGAAAUCUGUACCUCUCCUUACUGGACCGGAUAUAAACCACACCAUGCAAUUUUUAUCUAACAGAUGCAGUUUCCGUUUUCAUGA